AAUACUAAUUGCAUGCGACGGAAAAACAAUCAUGCAUUUUAAAUUAUGUAUAAAUGCAUGCAACAAAUUGAAUUUUCUAACAGGAAUGCAAAACUAUGAUGAUUGAUUAAAUCGUGGGACAAUCGAAAAGUUGAGGAAUUGCAAGGAUCCGAGAUCGAGAGAGAGUCUAAAAUGGAGUUUAACAAGCACCAACAACUUGUAGAUUCUUCUUCUGUGGAGAAAACGGAUCCUCUUUGCAUUUCUCAAUUGAAAUUAUCUUCUUCUCUCGACGGAUCGCCGCCAUUGCCACAGGCGAACAUUGCAGGGGAUUUAUUAAAGAGUCAUAGACAUUCACCUAUUAAAGUGGAAGGGAGUGAAGAAAAUUUGGGAGUAGAAGAUGAUGAUGACCUCACUGACCCUAAUUUUGAUACCGUUGAGGGCAAUGGACAUUCAGAUCCAACAAGCUGCUUCGAUGCCGAUUUAAGUGAGUACAAAAAGAAGGCUACAAUUAUUGUCGAGGAAUACUUUGGCACCAAUGAUGUUGUCUCAGUUGCUAAUGAACUAAAGGAGCUUGGAAUGCCUGAGUACCGUUAUUAUUUUGUCAAGAAAUUAGUCUCCAUGGCUAUGGAUAGACAUGACAAAGAGAAAGAAAUGGCUGCUUUUCUGCUGUCUACCCUUUACGCCGAUGUCAUUGAUCCCCCGGAAGUUUACAGAGGUUUCAACAAACUGGUGGCUUCUGCUGAUGAUUUAUCUGUUGAUAUUCCGGAUGCAGUUGAUGUUCUUGCUGUCUUUGUGGCUCGGGCGAUUGUUGACGACAUUCUUCCACCUGCGUUUCUGAAGAAACAAAUGAAAUUGCUGCCAGAUAACUCCAAAGGUGUUGAGGUUUUGAGAAAGGCCGAGAAGAGCUAUCUAGCGACGCCGCUUCAUGCUGAAGUUGUUGAGAAGAGAUGGGGAGGGACUGAUAAUUGGACUGCUGAGGAUGUGAAAGCAAGAAUAAACGACUUGUUGAAAGAGUAUGUCAUGAGUGGAGACAAAAAAGAAGCUUUUAGAUGCAUCAAAGGAUUGAAAGUUCCUUUCUUUCAUCAUGAGAUCGUCAAACGAGCACUGAUCAUGGCGAUGGAAAGGCGAAAAGCUGAAGUCAGGCUGCUAGAUCUGUUAAAAGAAACGAUUGAGGUUGGUCUCAUAAACUCCACUCAAGUAACGAAAGGGUUUAGCAGAAUCAUUGAUUCAAUUGAAGAUUUGUCUCUUGACAUACCAGAUGCACGCCGUAUAUUACAGUCUUUCAUCUCUAAAGCGGCUUCUGAAGGAUGGUUAUGUGCUUCUUCUCUGAAAUCACUCUCCGCUGAUGCAGGAGAAAAGUUACUUGAAAACUCCAGCGCCAAUGUUUUUAAAGACAAGGCGAAGUCGAUCAUCCGAGAGUAUUUCCUUUCAGGUGACACUUCAGAGGUCGUACAUUGUCUAGACACCGAAUUGAAUGCAUCUUCGAGUCAGCUACGCGCAAUCUUUGUCAAAUAUCUGAUAACUCUAGCAAUGGACAGGAAGAAAAGAGAGAAGGAGAUGGCUUGUGUGCUCGUCUCUACUCUUGGUUUCCCUCCAAAAGAUGUCAGAAACGCAUUCUCGAUGCUCAUAGAAUCUGCAGACGACACUGCUUUGGACAACCCAGUGGUUGUUGAAGACCUUGCCAUGUUCUUAGCCAGAGCUGUGGUUGACGAGGUGUUAGCUCCACGGGAUUUGGAAGAAGUGUUAAACCAGACUCCCGAGGCAGGCUCAAGUGUGGGAGAGAAAGUGAUUCAAAUGGCGAAAACAUUGCUGAAAGCACGUCUUUCCGGUGAAAGGAUCUUACGUUGCUGGGGAGGAGGAGGAAUUGAGACAAACUCUCCGGGAUCCACAGUGAAGGAAGUGAAAGAGAAGAUCCAGAUUCUUCUAGAAGAGUAUGUCUCUGGUGGAGACCUCAGAGAAGCUAGUAGGUGCGUGAAGGAACUGGGAAUGCCGUUUUUUCACCAUGAAGUAGUGAAGAAGUCAGUAGUGAGGAUCAUAGAAGAGAAGGAGAACGAGGAACGGUUAUGGAAGCUACUAAAAGUGUGUUUUGAUUCAGGACUAGUGACGAUAUAUCAGAUGACUAAAGGGUUUAAAAGAGUUGAUGAAUCGCUUGAAGAUCUGUCUUUGGAUGUCCCUGAUGCUGCGAAAAAGUUUUCAAGUUGCGUGGAAAGAGGCAAGCUUGAAGGGUUCUUGGACGAAUCAUUCGCUUGUGAGGAAUCACAAAUUAUCAUUCUUGGAGACAGCGGGGUUGGCAAAACAUCGUUGAUGAAUCAAUAUGUGAAUAACAAGUUUAGUCAACAGUACAAAGCUACGAUCGGAGCUGAUUUUGUCACUAAGGAGCUUCAAAUUGAUGAUAGGCUUGUCACAUUGCAAAUAUGGGACACUGCUGGGCAAGAAAGGUUUCAAAGUCUUGGUGUUGCAUUCUAUAGAGGUGCAGAUUGUUGUGUUCUUGUCUAUGAUGUCAAUUACUUGAAGUCGUUUGAUUCUCUCGACAAUUGGCACGACGAGUUUCUUAAACAGGCUAGUCCACGUGAUCCAAUGGCAUUCCCUUUUAUACUUCUUGGUAAUAAGGUUGAUAUUGAUGGAGGAAAUAGCCGAGUGGUAUCUGAUAAGAAAGCUAGAGAAUGGUGUGCUGAAAAAGGAAACAUUGUCUAUUUCGAAACAUCGGCUAAAGAAGAUUACAAUGUCGAUGACUCUUUCUUGUGCAUCACUAAACUUGCCCUUGCCAAUGAACGCGACCAAGAUAUAUAUUUCCAAGGGAUUCCAGAGACUGGUUCGGAGUCUGAACAAAGAGGAGCCCUCUCUGUGGUGUUAACAAUGGCGACGAAUAGUUUAGUAACCGGACUAAAAGUGACCUUACCGGUUAUGUUUUGUGUGAUGCUCGCGACUCUUGUCUACACCUUUAUCACCGAUGGCCUUCCUUUACCUGAUCGUCAAGAUGUCUUCACACCAUGGUUCGUUACGACAAUUCUGGAUUUCUACAUUAACAUUGUACCUAUAGCGGUUUGGAUUGUGUAUAAGGAGUCUACAUGGUCUGGUUCAAUACUUUGGACCAUUUUGCUCAUUAUUUUUGGCAGCCUCACGACAUGUGUGUAUGUGUUUCUGCAACUUCUCAAACUGACAAAUCAAGAAGCUUCAGAAGAUCCUAUGUACUAUUUGUUACUUCGAGAUUCAAUCAAGGAUGGAGUGGGUCUGAGAGACAAGAAUUCACUUGUUGUCACUGCAAGAUUUGUGUUUGGUGCCUUAGGAUGUGUGAUGCUAGGAGCUUUGGUUUACACUUGCUUCACUUAUGGUUCUCCUUUCCACAUGGAGCUUCUUUACCCGUGGAUGGUGGUUUUAUUGGUUAACUUCUACAUUAAUGUUGCAGUCUUAUCAGUUUGGGUUGUCUAUAAAGAAUCUAGUUGGAUCAUUGGAAUUCUCUGGGUUGCUCUAUUGAUAGGUCUUGGCAGCGUUGGCACGAGCGUAGCCAUUGUUGUGCAGCUAUUCCGUCUAUCUCCUCUCGACCCGCUCUACCUCGUUUUGGUGAACAACAGCAAUCGCAAAGUUAAAAGUAAAGGCUAAGUUAGUGAACUCUCUCAUGGGUCAUGGCAGGGCCGGAGAUAUGUAUGAGCGCACUCAUUCUGCGGUUUUGCGUACGUGAAGCUUUGUGAUUUCAUUUUUACUUUUCACCACAAAAGUUCAAAAAAGUUAUUAUCUACAUUACAAGUUUGUAUGUUCCAUAGUUUUCUUCUGUAUAUAGUUUCUCUUAUGUGAGAAAACAAUUACUUAUGUAAUCAACUUUUUUGGGUCAU